CGAAAGCCUUCCGGUCCUUAUUAUUGCAACCUCAAUUAUAUUAUCCUCACAUCUUCCUCUAUAUAUAUUAUUAACCCACUUCCUAGUAACUUACAUAUGCUAAAACAUCAUGAGUUGUGGCAAAGGUUGGCCUGAGCCAAUUGUCCGUGUCCAAUCCCUAUCGGAUGGUGGAGCCACUUCGAUCCCGCCUCGCUACGUCAAGCCACCAUCCGAUAGGCCCUCCGAUUCCUCCUCCACCUCGAACGUAAAUAUCCCAAUCAUCGAUUUCUCGGGUCUUCACGGAGACAGCCGAAUAAAGACUCUAGCCCAAAUCUCGGACGCCUGCCGAGAUUGGGGAUUUUUCCAAGCGGUGAAUCACGGCGUGAGCCCUCAGCUCAUGGACCAAGCGCAACAAGUGUGGAGGGAGUUUUUUCAUCAGCCAAUGGAAAUUAAGCAAUCGUAUGCGAAUUCGCCGAGCACGUAUGAAGGGUACGGAAGCAGACUCGGCGUUCAAAAGGGUGCAAUUCUUGAUUGGAGUGAUUAUUACUAUCUUCACUGCUUGCCUUGUUGUUUGCUGGAUCAAAACAAAUGGCCUGCUCUUCCGCCAUCCCUAAGGGAAGUGGUUGCCGAGUACUCGAGGCAAGUAGUGAAAUUCGGUGGUGAACUAAUGAAGGUUUUAUCUAUAAAUCUCGGAUUGAGCGAGAAUCAUCUUCAAAAUGCUUUUGGAGGAGAGGACAUUGGAGCUUGUUUGAGAGUGAAUUUUUAUCCAAAAUGUCCCCAGCCUGAUUUGACCUUAGGGCUCUCGUCUCACUCGGAUCCCGGAGGGAUCACCUUUCUUCUUCCGGACCAACAUGUUGCCGGACUUCAAGUCCGAAAGAACGAUAGCUGGAUCACAGUGAAGCCAAGCCCUCAUGCUUUUAUUGUCAACAUCGGUGAUCAGAUCCAGGUUCUAAGCAAUGCGAUUUACAAGAGCGUAGAGCACAGAGUGAUCGUGAAUUCAAACAUUGAGCGGAUCUCCCUCGCAUUUUUCUACAAUCCGAAGAGCGAUUUGCCGAUAGAGCCGGUGAAGGAGCUGGUCACAUCGGAGAGACCCGCGAUGUACAUGGCCAUGAGUUUUGAUGAGUACAGGCUGUUCAUAAGGACGAGAGGUCCCCAGGGCAAAUCUCAGGUGGACUCGCUCAAAUCUCGCAACUGAUGGACUAGUUGAGAUGAUUGAUUUUUCACAAUAAUGUAUAUUUCGAAGUAUAGUAAAUUAUUGCACGUACAUGAUCGACCACCAUAAAUGUAAACACAUACAGUAAUUUUCUAGCAAUAAGAAUAUAAGAUACAACAAUUUAACUCUUCUA